AUGUCAUCGCCGGACAUACGAACGCCGACAACUACUGUCUAUCAAGCGGACGCAACAAUUUCAGCAGCCACUAAGGUCAGUUUAGAUACGAUCGCGAGGGCCAACGCUCAAGGAUCCAAUAUAUCAAUCCCCGUCACACCAAAUGGCGCGUAUGAGCAGGUGGGAUAUGCAUACUCAUUUCGUGUGUUGGGCCCUCCGUCGCCCAUUCAGAGUGAUGCUGGUGCAACACCAGGUGAAAUCUGGUACAGCACUUUAGCCCUUGAUGACGGAAUCGUCUUUAACAGUGACCGAAAUCCAGACCCCGGGAUAAGAUCGAUGUCCACCGCGGACAUGGAGCGUGGUCAGGAGCUGUCAGGGUGGUCGAGCCAUUCGCAAGCAAGAAACAUGCACUUUAUGUUCAUGGAUGAUUCCUUCUCUACUGCUCAGCUCGAAUUUUCCUCCUCUCCAGGGUCAUGUCGGGCCACGAAUAUCGAUGCUCAAGAGGCAGAUCUUCUAUCUUCAGAAUGCUCCGCUUAUCCGGGUGCACCACAAAUUCUCCAAUUGAACCAUUACAAUCAGUUGCCGGCUCGACUAGAGGACAUUUCUAGCGAGCUUGUUGAGGCAUACUUCACCAUUGUCUGCCCUCUCUUCUCGACAUUCGAUUCACAGCAAAAUACGUUUCGGUCAUUCGUCAUGAGAAAGUGGCAAGACUCGGGCUCCAUAUUCUAUGCCAUGCUGAGUAUGGCUGCGGCCAAAUUAAGCCGUCAAAGCUUGGCCUUCAGGCGUCAUGCUCUCGAGUAUCAAUCACUCGCGCUCCAAAGCCUCCGUACCCGUGUUUCAAAGGCGUCCAGCUGGACCACCGAGCUUUUGUUCGUCGUCCUCAUGCUCGGACUCAGCACUUCAUGGCAUGACGUCAAAGAUUUGGGUAUUGCUCAUCUCCAAGCUGUCCAAAAUGCCAUUCUCAACUGUGCAGUGGAGUCCCCAGAUGGAUCCCCACCACUGGACUUCUUCAAGGAAGCACUGAUAUACUGGGAAAUGAUUACGUGUUUCUUGAACGAGGAUGUCACCCUGAACGGCUAUUCCGUUCAAUACGAACCUGAACCAUCUCGAGUUGCCACGAGCCAAACCCUUGCGCUUGAACUGGCAUUGCCUCCGUGCCUCAAACCAUGUUUACUCGAGUCGUGCGUCUAA